UGCAAUGUUGCUAUUGUUUUUGCUAAGAAGUAAACAAAAGGCGACGAAUGUUUGGUUUUUCCUAAUAAAAGCCAAUGGAGGAUACGACAUCUGGGGAAAUGGCAAGGAAAAGAAACCGGAACAGAAGCAAGCAGCGCAGACGAAGGCAUAAAAGUGAGGGAAAACCAAAGCCACAGACAUCUCGAGAUCAGUGGACCAGUGUGUCUCAAAUACACCGAAGCCUUUUUGAAUGGCACCACAAUCAUGUUAGGAGCCUCUGCCCUGAGGUUAAUACGAAUCUGGAUCAGGACUUGGAGGAUAUUCCCGAGGAAGCCGGAACCACGCACUGCCUGGAUUACGUCUACGAGAGUUCCUCCUCCGAGGAGGAGCUCGAACCCAUUGACGAGGGAUAUCUGAAAUUCCUGGAGGUGACCAUUAAGCAUCAGCAGGAACUCAGGGAUCGACGAGCUGCCCAAACCACCGACUCUUUAGAUUAGGAUUAGCAUGUUUAGGAUGAAGCAUGUUUAGGCCGAUGAAAACCUACAGUUAAACUUCUACACUUCUCAAAAAGUCGAUAUUCCUCUGAAUCAUGAAUAUCUAUAUUUGUGUGGAGUGUGAAAAAGAAGGUAUACAUAAAACUGUAUACAAAUUUAUCUUACAAAA